GUCACCGGGGAGGGGGGGGGGCAGGUUGUGCAAAAUGACAAAACACAGGACGUGAGCAAAUAACAACGUUUGGCUGAGAAGACACGACUACACACUUGAUGAUGCACGCAACCUUGCUAGAGACAAAAGAAAAACAGGAAGUGGAACUACACGCACGAUUGUUGCCGUGCCGCGCUGCGGUGAGACGUGACGCGCGAACGCGAGCGAGGGACGCGGCGGGAGUGGAUUCUUCGUGAACAUCCCAACGCCUACUGAAUGUUCACAAGCGCUGAAGGUGCCGUCGGAGGUCAGACGCAGGUCGAGACGGGCGAAGGGGGGCGUGUCUUAGGGCGGGGCUACUGUGGGGGCUGGUACUGGAUCAGGCGAAGAGCCUCGUCGUUCUCCAACACCCCCUUGAUGAACUCCCCCUCCGCCACGCGCUCUGCAAGCACAACAAGUCACUUUUAAUCAUUCAGGGGGGGAGCCUCUUGCAGUGCCGCUUAGAUCCUGAGGGGGGCAGCAGUGAGCGGAACACCAAUGUAAACACAGCAUCAUUCCUGGCUAACGCUAGCACGGCUAGCAUCAAUACUGGCUGAUUUGCAUUCAAAGUAAAAUGCUAGGGAGUAUGCCACAGAACAAGUACUACAAUAGUACUAGAAAAAUACUACAAGUUGACUACGUUAGAAGCAAAGCUGUGAUUGUUGUCAUCUCUCACCGGUAUCUCCCUUGUCAAAGAACUUCCACAGUUUGUCUGCCCUCUUCUCAGCGGUGUUCUCAUCAGAAGGCAGUUUGGACAAUUCAUCCUUGGGAAUUAGCUUGAAAAUAGCCUGCAAGUACAAGCAGACGUCAAUGUACUACACUACUACUAGGAGUGGUAGUAAUACAAGCAUGUAACACUGUCCUACUACUAGUAGGACCAAAAUGCUAGUAGUAGCAGUAAUAAAAGCCCAGAACACAGUAGUAGUCGUAAAAGAAGUAAUCAUAGAAGUAUCACAGUAAUACUAUUAAACACAUAAUAACGCUAGUAGUAGUAUUCCCAGAACACGCUUCUUACUGCUACUUCUACAAGGAAGUCCACAAGACAGUAAUAAUAUAGAAAAACUAAUAAUAGUAGUAGUAGAAGCACAGAACAUAGUAAUACUCAUAGAAGACGUAAUGGAAGUAGUAGUAGCAGUAAAAGCCCAGACCGUGGUACUACUAAUAGAAGAAGUAAUAGUAAAAAGAAGCACAGAACACAGUAUUACUAGUAAGACGUAAUAGUAGUAGUAAUGUAAGCGCAGAUUUUUUUACUAUUGGUAGAAAAAGUACUCGUACUAAAAGAUCACAACACAGUACUACUGAUAUAGAAGUAAUAGUAGCACAGAACAUUGUACUACUAGUGGAAAUAGUAGUAGUAGUAGCACAGUACUAGUCUUAGAAGAAUAUUACAAGUAGAAGAACUAAUAGUAAUAAUAAAGUAAUAUACAGUAACCACAGAAGACAGCAGUAAUAGUAGUUUUAGUAGUACUAAUAGUAGUGAAAGUAAUAGUAGUAGUGCUGCAGUACUGUGGUAGUACUGCUGCUAAGGAGCUUUUCCGUGUGUCUUUCUUGGGAAAAUGAAAAUGAAAGUGCAGCGGAACGAUGACCCGAUGUUAUAAGCCUUAGAGUAAAAAAGCCCCGGGGGGGAUUAAGAGAUGAGCCCCCCCCCCGGCGGCGCUUCAGGCUCUCCAGGCUUUGUUCUGUGAUUACAUCAGCCUCCAUCCCCUAAAAUGCAGGGCGGGGUCUAUAAAUAGCAAUCAUUUACUGCUAAUGAAGCCGGCAGCACUUUCAUUUAAUGACUUCGGCUUUUGAGUCCGCUCGCUCAAAGUUUUGACACGGAAACACACAAAGUCGGGAAAAAGGGUGUCCAAAGUGCAGCUCGGGGGAGGCGUUUGGGACCCUGCAGCUCAUUUUUAGAUCAUCUUAAGUAGAUGCUGAUAACAUAAAACUAACUUUUUUCUUUAAAUAAGUCCCAUUUAUUAUCGAUUGGGACGGCUUUUAGCCUUUUACAAUGAAAUAUCGAAAUUCGGUAACCGUCACGUAAGCGUUGAAUGUGCUAAUUAGGAAAUGUGACAGUCCUGCAUUGACCUGCAAAGCCCCGCUGGCUUACCACUCAGCUUAACGUGUUUAUCAGCACCAAUUAAAGUCUAAUCCCGUCUCUGCCGGGAGGCUUUCCAUCACUUUAAUGCAAUUCUCCUCCCUCUCCAUCGUGUCCCCACGGAGACACCGACCCAUCCCAAAUGUGGCCAGCUAGCACGUAGCGACACCGAGCUCACCGAGCAAAUCUCCUUGACCUCCGACUUGGUGAUGUAGCCGUUCUUGUCGACGUCAAAGAGCGAGAAGGCCCACUCCAGCUUCCUGGUGGUCUUCCCGGUGGAGGUCAUGUGCAGGGCGAUGAUGUACUCUUUGAAGUCCAGCGUGCCGUCGUCGUUGGUGUCGAAGGAGCGGAAGACGUGCUGGGCGUACGUGUUGGCGUCGCUCUCCGGGAAGAACUUGGUGUAGAUGGUCUGGAACUCCUCCUUGCUGAUCCGUCCGGUGGGACACUGCCUCUUGAAGUUCUCGUACCACUGGGCAAUCUCCUGCUCGGAGAACUUGGUGUUGAGCUUCAGGUCCUCCAGGAUCUCCUUGGACACGGCGCUGCUUUUGGAGUUGCCCAUGACUGCUGGUGCUCACCACGACAAAGACGACCUGACGUAUAACCUUCUUGGCCAGAUGUUGGACUCUUCUAGAAGAACGCUCCUGGUGUGGGCCUUCAGCUCAGCCCCUGAAAGAAAGAAAGCUCGUUAGACCAACAAGGAAUUAAAGUAGAAGACAGAAGCCCUACAAACAUCUCAUCUGCUGUCAGGGAAUUCCUACCAGUUUGAGAGCAGCAGAUCCGUGCGGGAGCAGCGUGAAUGUCUCGUCUGUCGGCAGGGCAGGAAAUCAGCCUCCACCUGCAGGAUAAGUCAAUUAAACCUUGUCACUCUGAGGCGGAGCCACGGGAGCGCCCACGUGAGGAAGGCCCGCACACACACACACACACACACACACUCUGUAUUGUUUAUCAUGUCUCCCUGUUAUCGCCAACAUUAAAACCCAAAGGUGUCUUUUACUUCAUCAGAACCGCAUAUUGGACUCCCAUGGGUUUAGCACAUAUGAAGUCAUGAAAAAAACAACCAGACACUGGACAAGACCUCAUUUACCCCCAACUCUAACCCCCCCAGCCCUAACCCCAGGGCUUGGGUUAGGGCUAGGGCUAAAGGAGGGGUAAAUGAGGUCUUGUCCAGUGUGGAUAAAAGAACGGUAAGUAGCUCAAGAACGGUAAGUCCUAUCGAGAUGAAACCAACGUCUACCCGUGCCCCCCCCUCCCCAUAAGUGACCGUGAGAAAUUGUUUGGGACCACCCCCGACUUUCUAACCCUAACCCUAACAUGAUACCCUAAUGGAUGAAUGGAUAAACAGUCCUGAUGUCUUUUCUGUGUGUUCUAAAAAUAUAAACCAGAUAAAACGAGGCCGCUAAUUGAUGGACUUAAUAGGAUGCACCUACACCUUCCUACGUAGCCCGCUAUGAAAACACCACCAGGAAGCUCCAGCAACGAUGCCGUUGAUAUUGUUGCCGAUCCGAUACUGAGUAAAAUUAAGAUCCGAUACUGUUACUUUUUAGCUUCCGUUGCUCGUGAACAAUGGUGAGAGGGUUCUCGAAUCUAAUCUAAUUGAAUCUAAUGGGCCUAUCAAUUACCUGCAAUUGGUAAUUGUAGGCUAGGAACCUAAACGUUCAAUUUUAGUACAUCGGUGGUACUUAAAGUUGAGUUCUUUUCAAAUCAGAACUAUAAUGUCCAAGACGGGCUGCACAGCCGUCUAGUGCGCGAGACCCGAGUUCAAUCCACCCUCGGCCAUCUCUGUGUGGAGUUUGCAUGUUCUCCCCGUGCAUGCGUGGGUUUUCUCCAGGUACUCCGGUUUCCUCCCACAUUCCAAAAACAUGCUAGGUUAAUUGGCCACUCCAAAUUGUCCAUAGGUAUGAAUGUGAGUGUGAAUGGUUGUUUGUCUAUAUGUGCCCUGUGAUUGGCUGGCCACCAGUCCAGGGUGUACCCCGCCUCUCGCCCGAAGACACCUGGGAUAGGCUCCAGCACCCCCCGUGAGAAUAAGCGGUAGAAAAUGAAUGAAUGAAUGUCCAAGACGGUAAUGUUACGUCUGAUGAUAGAUGCUUCCCUGUCACAUGACAUGACAGUAUUACGGGAUGUACAUGGAGUGGCAUUGGGAGAAGGGGGCGCUGUAAUCUGCUGUAAAAAUACAUCUGAUGGAGUGAUGCAACGCCCUUUGACCGUCCUGCAGGCAAAGACUUAGCCGUCUAAAUCCGGCAGGUGAUAGCAAGUAGCUUAACAUGGCGGCUGGCUGUUGAUCAACGCCAUCUGCACUCCACGGCCCCGCUGUGGAGAACUUCCUGCCUGGUGCAUGAUGGGAAACUUGAUGUUCGAAAAAGCUCUCCAUUAUUACCUUCAGCCUGCUUUGAGACUUCUCAGAAAGUGAAUCCUCAUUGGUGAGGUGGUAAUAAAAACACAGAUAAAGGGAGCGAGGCCGCCAAGGUGGCGAGCUGAGGCGGCCUAAAGAGGAUUUGGCAGCGGAACAAAGCCAAAGAAGCAAAUGGAAAAUCUCCUGCCCCCCUUGGGGAGGAGUGUUGUCACAUCUCCAAGUCCAGAUUUCAAGGAAGCUAUUUUUGGAGGCGCAGUGUUCAAUCUAAUUGGCAUCAAGUCAGACCACAUCAAGUCUCAUCAAGAUCCACGCAUAACAUGCCAACAUCAACGUGAUCUUCACCACCACCCAAUCAGAUCCACUACCAGUACUCAUACAGUAUGUUCUUUCGUUAAGUUGUAGUAGCGACUGGCGAUUAGCAUGUUGACAGUGAGUGAAUAGUUGUCUAUAUGUGCCCAGCGAUUGGCUGGUCUCUGGUCGAAAGUCAGCUGGGAUACACCCCCGUGACCCGAGUGACAGAUGUUUAUAUAAAAGCUUUUAUUGAAAUAGAGCAUGAGCGUGACAUUAUAUCAUAAUAAAAAACAAGAGAGAGUGUUGGAGCAGAAAUGCUUGUGACCAUCUUUAACGAGGGCGCUGACGGAAGCGGACAUCAGGCCCGCCCUCCUCCCUCAGCGGGGGCUUCUGUAGGUGAGGAUCUUGCGGCUGAGGUUGCGUGCCAGGCGGUCCACGGCGCCGUUGAUGUAUCCCAGCUCCUUUUUGGACGUCAGGCCCUCCAUGUUUCCACUGUACCACAGCACCCACCCCCACAGCGACAUCAGCACCAGCAACGCGCCUGCAGACACGCACACACACACACGUUAGCAUCACAGGUGCAUGAAGACGGCUCCGUCAGACAAGACAACACACCAGUAUAGACUAGCAGGUCUCCAAAAUCUCGGCCUUUGACUUCCAGAGGGGCAAAGACGCCCAGCAGCAGGGCGCCGCCCCCCAGGACAUCCAUAAAGAUGGCGAAGGCCAGAGCCACCUUGCAGUGGGACAGACCUCCACAUAGUCCCAUGGUGACAGCGGGGUGGGGAGUGCCCUAAAAAACAUUCACUUGAAUGAUAUAAAGUCAUAGUAUGUCAUACAAACCAUGAAAUUAUAUGCAGUUAACACAACAAAAAUAAUUUAAUAUACAUUAAAUAUAAGUUCAUACUCUAAAACAUAAAAUCACUACAUGAUUAAAUAAUGUAUACAUUGCUGCUUAAGCACAUUCCAGAAACUAAAGUUUGUCUAUAAAAAGGCGUUUCUGCGCUAACAGCGACUUACUUACUAUCUUUGUUCAAGCCACGACAACGAGUCUUUUCUUCCCUCUUUUCUUCCCACUUCCGUAUUUGUCUUCCGCGCUCACCUGCGUCCCGCCCACAUGUCACGUAUUUCCGGUGUUUCAAACCCAACCCGGGUGGCCUCCGCGUGCCAAUCAGCAAACAAGCUAGUUGCAAUUCUGCCAUUUCCGGUAAGGCGCCGGCGCCGUGUUGCGCAUGCGCAGGCAGGCGAGCACCUGUGUGCGGUCAUCUUAUAAUCAGGUAAUGGUGCAACCUUCGCCAGGCUGUAUUACGAGAGUAUAAACGUCCGCACAGGGCAACUUUAAUUUGCGUUAUUAGUCGUCUUUCGCGCAAUGAAUCCAGCAAGCGGCACAGAUGAGUCAAGCACGCCAGGUAACGACAACGACACCUUAAUAGCGGACCUUCAAUCUGCUGCUUGGAUGAAAAGGAUCCAUUAGCAAUGAUUCAUUAGCAAUAAUGCUUCUCCUUUCCUAGUGGUGACACGUUUACUGAAUCUUUGUUACUUUGUGGGCCUUUAAUGACUCGUUCAUCUGCGUUAUGACUCAUGUACUGAUUUAGUAGUUGCUGCUGGGGUGGGCGAAGAUAUCCAAUAAUGUCCAUAUUGUCAUUUUUCGGUGAGUAAUGAAUCAGUACUCGAUAUUUUCCAUUUGUCUUAUGUUUAUUUUCACUAAUAUCUGUGUUUUUUGUUGUUGUUGUGUCGGUCAAGUAUGUUAGUAUAUUUCAUUGUAUGAUGAAGUUCUUGGAAACUUGUUUAUUCCGUACUGGCAUCAUACAUAAUGGUGUUCAGUUGUACAAGCACAAUAAUAAACAUAUUGUUAAGGAGAUACUGUCAAUCAUAAGUCGGCAUUAUGAGACAAGUAGAUUCUCUUUCUUUGUGUCAGCACAUUACACACCUCCUAGAGGAGGAGGAGGUUUGUACCUGGAGUCCUACGAGGUGUCUUUCCCUCUGGCAGAGAGCAUGGAGAGGCCCAGCUCCUACCACCACGGCCAACACGUGAUGGACGAGCCCGCCAUGCAGGAGCCCCCCCCAUCGCAGUACAGCCCCUUCAUCCUGGUCUCCAACCUGCGGGCGCACCUCUUUGUAGCGCUGGAGAAGAACGCCUGGUUACAGAAGCGCAUCGAGGAGCUGGAGGAGGAGCGCAACUUCCUGCGCUGCCAGCUGGACCGCUUCAUCGUCAGCAUGCGGGGUCACGAUGAGUGGUGUGGAGAUGCCCAGCGUGGUGUGAAGGUCCAACCUACCAGCCCUCCUACUUCGCCCUCACCCAUGACCACCAGGUCUGGAAUGACCCUAAAACGCCUGCAGGGGUCGAGCUCUCGCACCCGCCAUGGAGGCGGCGUCCCUGUCAAGCAGGAGUUCCACCUGGAAGAGGACAACUACUACUCUGACCAGGAGUUCCUGGAGGAGGAGGAGGAAGAAGAAGAUGAAGAGAACGACUCCUCGGUGGAAGCAGGGUCAAAGAAGAAGAGCAGAGGUCGCAUGGGGGAGCCCAGGAUGAAGAUGAGGAGGAUCUUUCGCAUCACUCACGGGAGGGAGAGGCAGCGAGUCAAGGACCCAGACGGGGUUCUGAUCCGCUACAAGAAGAUCCUCACCACCUACCAGCGUGUGAGGAGCAUGUCCAGAGCAUUCCAGAUCCACGGAGUGGACCGGAACACCAUGGCGUCCACGUCCCCCAUCGCUGAGGUCCUGCUGGUGGCGCCAGAGAAGAUGGAAGAAGUGGGCGAGUUUGAGGCGUCCAAGGAGAAGCUGCUGGACUACGCCAGACGCUGCUACAAGAUCAUGGAUGAGCAGACACACGCUAAAGUCCAGACCCUGAAGAAGACUCACAAGCUGCUGCCCAUCUCCUAUCGUUUCAGAAACUGAGCUGGACAUGUCAAGUUUCUGACUGAAUGCUGCAUGCUGGGUUUUCUUACAUUUUGAGUCAAAAUUGCAGCCAUAGCAACAAAACGGCGCUUCCUGUUUUCAGAGGAAGUUGCUUUAUUUUUACAUUUUACAAAUAUAAUUUUAUUUUAUGCCAUAAUUUGGUAUUUUUCAGUUGUCUAACUUCAUUUGUUGAGGAUUGUACAAUAUUUUGAUUUGUAACAAAUAUAAAUAUGUUGUAUUUAAGUUGAUCUGUUGAAAUAUUAAA